GUGGAUGGCUAGUGUUAUGAGAAAUGUCAAGCGCAAUCAACAUUUAAUAAAUCUUAUAAUCACAGGUACAUUUUAUUUUAUUCAAUAGUUAAACUAAGUUGUUAAAUGAAUAUAACAAAAUAAAUAGGAUUCCAAUAACACAUAAAUGCCUCGAGAGAAAAGCAAACAUCGCGAUAGAAGAAGCUUAUCCUAUAGCUCAGAAUCGUCAUACGAAAGAAAAAAAAGUAAAAGCAAACAUAAACGUCGUUCACGUUCAAAGGAUCGCUCGGAAAAUAGCUAUAGAAGAAAACGAUCUAGUUCAAGAUCAAAAAACAGAAGGAGGAGUUAUUCUAGGAGUAUUUCAAAGGAGCGUUAUGAAACUAAAUCUAGGCGACGGUCAUCAUCACGAUCGAAGUCUAAACGAUCGAAACAUUCUCGUGAUCGGUCUCGCUCUAGAUCAAGAUCUCGGAGUCGUUCUAAACACAGCAAGAGUAGUAGAAAACAUCGUAAAAGAUCCCCAUCCUCUCUCAGUAGAGACUCUUUUGAUAUAGAUCCAAGAAAACCUAAUUUGGAUGAUACUGAAACCAAAAUUGAGAAGGCUAUUAAAGCUGCAGAGGCCGCAGGAUUGACAAUGACAAAAAUACCUACUUACGAGUAUAAAGAUGUUGAAGUAAAAGAAGAUAUGCCUACAAUACAUGACAGGAAUUUACUUGCUGAAAUAAAUAGUGACUCCUUCAUGCCAAAGACUUUUACAUCAUCAAGAAGCAAGAAGCAACAGAAUAUUGUUAUAGAUCUUAACACUGAGACUGUGAAGGUUCCAGAGGCGGAAGUAAAAAAUCAUGUAGAUGACUCAAUUAUUAAUUUUGAUGAGUUACCAAGUCUGGACGAGUUAAAGGAGAUGUGGAUUAAAAAACUGUACAUGUAUAGAAAGAAAAUGCUGAAAGAAGAAAUGUAGAGGGGUUUAUAAAUUGUUUCAAAGAUAUUUUUAAUAAUUUAAAUGAAAUCUGUACAGGACAUGUUACUUUGUGUGUUGUUAUCUAUUAAAUCUGUAUUAUGUAUGUGCAGAAGUAGUAAAAAUCAGUUGAGAUUUAUCUUGUGUGGACUUUUAACUUAUGUAUUGAGUAUCUGUAAUAUUGCAUCGAAAAUAUAAAACUAAAAGUUGGUUUAAUGUUAAAAAGUUGGCUAUUUGUUGUCCUAUACUCUGUACUGUCCUUAAAAAUCUCUUUUUUUCUUGUUAAGCCACUACUACUGUAAUAGAAAAUUAUACACCAUUUGUAAUACAUUUUUAAUAACAAUAAACAUAUUAAUACCAAGGAAAAAAAUAAAUUUAUUGAUAUACAUAAUAUCCUUUAUAUAAUCUGUAUAGAAUUUGUAUUAUAUAACAAUCUGAACAUUAAAAAUUAUCUGGUGAGAGUAAACAGGGAUUUUAAUUAAGAAUAAACAAUGUAACAACCUAAAA